CCGGAUUCUGCGGGCAGUCAUCCUGUCAUUAGUGCAACCCCAGUAAGUCAUGUGAUGAACGGCGGGAAAAUACCACAUGGUAUUCUGUAAAUGUAAACACGAACUGAGAUAAUUAUCAGGUUAAAAAAUUGGAGGUUGACAAUGCCUGCAAACGAAUAUGAACAAGUCCGAUUGAAGAAUCUAGAAGAUAACAGAAGAAUUUUGGCUGAGAUUGGAUUAAUCAAUCCAUACAAAUCCUUGCCUAAAGUCAGCUUCAAGAAGGGUAUUCGUGGUAACAAGAGAAAAGCAGAAGACAGCACUUCUAGUCGACCAGUAAAGAAGCAUGUUGAAUUAGAUCCAGAAAAUUCUGGAUCUUUGAGGGGAAGUCGUAGACGUUCAGCUCGUGUUAAGGGAAAGGAAGUGCAAACAGAAACAGAAUUAAAGGAAGAAGUUGACCAAUGGAUUAAUGAGAAUGAUGCACCGGCCAAAGUUGCACCAAAUAGACCAAAUUUUUACGGAGCAGUUCCAGGUGUGGAAGUAGGAACAGUAUGGGCCACAAGAAUGGAAUGUUGUCGUGAUGGCAUACACAGGCCUACAGUAGCAGGAAUCCAUGCUGGACAAGAUGGAUCAUUUUCUAUUGCUCUCUCUGGUGGAUAUGAAGACAAUAUUGACUUGGGAGAUUGUUUUACUUACACAGGAGAAGGAGGCAGAGAUUUGAAAGGGACAGCCAACAAACCAAAGAAUCUGAGAACAGCACCACAGUCUAAAGAUCAGACGCUGACUCGUGGUAAUCUUGCAUUGAGUCGUAACGUUGAAACUGGAAACCCAGUCAGAGUGAUUAGGGGAUAUAAAUUACAACAGUUCAGUCAAUUUGCUCCAGAGGAUGGAUACAGAUAUGAUGGUUUAUACACUGUAGAGAAAUAUUGGUCAACAACUGGUCAGUCUGGGUUUUUGGUGUGGAAGUUUGCCUUAAGAAGAUGUACCGAUCAACCACCACCACCAUGGACCUUUGAGGGUGAUGGACAAAGCUUAACAGAGGAAAUAAAGAGCGACUCUGGUUUUGAUUCUGAUGAAACCGCAAGUCAGAUCAGUAGUUCACAAUCUUCUUCACAGAGUGAUGCAACUACAACACAAGAUGAAAUUCAAAAAAAGAAAAAGAGCGAAAAACCAGAAGCCCCUGACAAAGAAGAAACAGAAAAUAAAAUUGCUGAGGAGACUCUGGAAUGUAAAUCAGACCAGACAGAAAAAUUGAAUGAAAUAGAAGCAGCCUAAUGGUAUUGGAGUCAGAUUAUCUUUGUAAAGGCUAAUGAGACAGUAACUCUGCAAGCUUGAGACACUUGAUUGACUUAGUAAAACAUAAUUGCAAGUGUAGUAAUAAUGUGUAUAUAGAUCGCUUUGAUAUAUUCAAAUUAAAGGGCAAGAAUAUUUCUUUUUAUAGUUUUAAGACAUUGAUGAAGUAUUGUUCUAGUAUGUAUGUUUGUAUAUGUAUUAGUGCUAUAUGUAAUUGUUGUAUAUACUGUUAAUAGGCAUAAAAGGGGUAUUUGAUACCCCAUAAUUACCAAAGACCAAAUUACUUGAAAAAAACAUAUGUAUGUACCCUGAAACAAUUUUUAUGUUGUCAUCCAAGGUAAAGGAAUCUUUGUUAGAUCUUGACAAGUAUUUUAGCUUAAAUUGUGUAUCAUCUAUAUUCAACAUGUAUAUUUUUUGGUGUUUAUCGUAUGUGUAACCAUAUCGAAAUUUUUAUGACAUCGACAAAAGCGUUAUUAAAUAAUGAGAUAAUCAUAUUGUGAAAUAUGUUAUAGCAAUAUUAAUUCAAUAUAUUUUUAGCUCACCUGGCCCAAAGGGCCAAUGAGCUUUUCUCAUCACUUGGCGUCCGUCGUCGUUAACUUUUACAAAAAUCUUCCCUGAAACUACUGGGCCAAAUUUAACCAAACUUGGCCACAAUCAUCAUUGGGGUAUCUAGUUUUAAAAUGUGUGGCAUGACAUGGCCAACCAACCGAGAUGGCCGCCAUGGAUAAAAAUAGAACAUAGGGGUAAAAUGUAGAUUUUGGCUUGUAACUCUGAAACAAAAGCAUUUAGAGCAAAUCUGACAGGGGUAAAAUUGUUUAUCCGGUCCAGAUCUAUCUGCCCUGAAAUUUUCAGAUGAAUCAGACAACCUGUUGUUUAGUUGCUAACCCAGAAUUGGUCAUUUUAAGGAAAUUUUGCUGUUUUUGGUUAUUAUCUUGAUUAUUAUUAUAGAUAGAGAUAAUCUGUACACAGCAAUAAUGUUCAGCAAAGUAAGAUCUACAAAAAAGUCAACAUGACCAAAAUGGUCAGUUGACCCCUUGAGGAGUUAUUGGCCUUUAUAGUCAAUUUUUAACCAUUUUUCGUAAAUCUUCGUAAUCUUUUACAAAUAUCUGCUCCUCUGAAACUACUUGGCCAAAUAAAGCCAAACUUUGCCAUAAUCAUUUUUGGGGUAUGUAGUUUAAAAAAAUGUGUACGGUGACUGGGCCAUCCAACCAAGAUGGCGGCCAUGGCUAAAAAUAGACCAUAGGGGUAAAAUGCAGUUUUGGGCUCAUAACUCAAAGGGUAAAAUUGUUAUCAGGUCAAGAUAUAUCUGCCCUGAAAUUUUCAGGUGAAUUGAAAAACUGGUUGUUGGGUUGCUGCCCCUGAAUUGGUAAUUUUUAGGAAAUUUUGCUGUUUCUUGUUAUUAUCUUGAAUACUAUUAUAGAUAAAGACAAACUGUAAUAAUGUACACAAAGUAAAACCUAAAAAUAAGUCAACAUGACCAAAAUGGUAAAUUUACCCCCUAAGGACCUAAGGAGUUAUUGUCUUUUAUAGUCAAUUUUUAACAAUUUUCAUAAAAUUUGUAAAUUUUUACUAACAUUUUCCACUGAAACUACUGGGCCAAGAUCAUUAUAGAUAGAGAUAAUUGUACGCAGCGAGAAUGUUCAGUAAAGUAAAAUGCACAAACACAUCACCAUCACCAAAACACAAUUUUGUCAUGAAUCCAUCUGCUUCCUUUGUUUAAUAUUCACAUAGACCAAGGUGAGCGACACCUAGUUUUAUUUUAUUUUUAUAAGAUGAAAUGGCAUUUAAAAUAUUUUUUGUGUAUUUGUGUACACUCAUCAUCACAGUUUAUACUUUCGAUACAUUUUUCUGUUUGAUUUUUAGAAGAUGCAGUCAAAUUAGGUCUGGUCACAUCUUACUUAUUCAACAUCAUUCAGAAUUUACAACUGUUUCUUAUUUUAUCAUUAUAUGCAGCAGAAUUGGUAAGGCAGCAUUAUGUAGUCAUCAUUUCGUGUUUACAGUUAAUUUUAAGUUUUAUUUGACAAGUUUUAAGAAAAUGUUAUUAGUUUCAUGUUUCACUUUUCAUUUUUCCCAUUGUUCAUUAUUUUCAUAAGAUUGAUAAAUGUUAUAUUUUAUUAAUAAAGUUUAUUCCAGA